UGAAGGUUGAAUUAAAUAACAAUCCAUGAGAAGUUGGAUCGAGUUUAAGAAGCUAUACAACAGUCAAUCAGAAAACUGUGCUAAUCAUUGAUGGGAAGCACCAAGGAGUACGAUCCACACAAUCAUGUUUUUAAUAUAGAAACCCUCUGUCCUUCUCGAAAGGUUUGGGUGUCCAAGUUUCAUUAUUGACAAACGUAGCACGAGUAUUGAUUUUACUUGAGUUAACAAAGACCCAUGUGUCUUAAAAGACUUAGGGUGUCGGGAAGACUUAUUAGUUAUUUUGUACAACUUAGCUAGCAAGGAGUUUCUUCUUUGGUAAAUAGUUCACUUGUUUAAAUUAGUCAUUUAUGCAACUAAAGUUUCAACUACUUUAUUCAGCAGUCGUUGUCAACUUCUACUUGUCUAAGAAGUAUCGCCUUCUAUUUAAAUGUCUCUCAAAGCCAUCUCUUUCGCACAAACAACAACUUUUCUUCUUCUUUUCUCUCUCUCCUCUCUCCACUCUCUCUCUCUCUCAUUGCGAAGAUGAUAGAUUCUACCUUGGAGUUCGUCAACAAAACCACUUCCAAUUCUUUAUUUAUGUUUCUCUUCUGUAACUUGAUCAUCAUCUUAAUCCUCUUGGGAAAUCCUAAACCCGGUUCGGAAGAUAAAUCAAAUCCCGGUUCGAAGGAACCCAUGUUCAUACCUGAAUCGGUUCUCUCUUCCAAAUCCAUGUUGUUAUCUGAGUCGACGACUCUCAAUUCAAAGUCCGGUUUAAAGAAACCCGUGUUGAUACCUGAAUCAGUUCUUUCUUCCAAACCCGUGUUAGUAGCUGAAUCGGUUCUUUCUUCCAAACCCGGUUUGAUCUCUGAUUCUACUCUCCCAUCAAAUCCAGGUUUACAAGAACCGGAAAUGAUAUCUGAGUCGGUUCUUCUCUCCUCCAAACCUGCCGGUUCUGAUCAAUCGUUGACUUCCAAAUCCGGUUUGAAUGUAAUAUCUUUGAAACCCGGUUCAGACUGUUCAGAGAAGGACGAGAAAGGGAGAAUGAGGAAGAAAGAGAGCUUGGAAGUAGAGAAUGAGAGCUUGGAAGUGGAGUGUGUGCUUCGAAGACGAGUUGAAGAAUUUAUUCGUAAAGUUAAUACUCAAUGGAAAUCAGAGAACACCAACAGAGAUUAUCUCUUAUACUAAUCAGAGUUUUGUUUUGUAAUUACCAAGUGCUCUAUAAAAAACCUAUGAAUGGGAAGCAACAAGUGUUACAAAAAAAAAAACUCAAACUAGCUAAAUUCUGUAUCCAAACCACAUCAUACUCCUGCUAUUUCAAAAUUUAAAAUUUAUGUGUAUUUUUUUGUAAGUAACAGGUUUCAAUAAUUUUAAACCAAUAAUUAAAUUUAAAAAUAAUAAUUUCUCA